AUGCAGCGGCGCUCUACUAAUCGCAUAUCUGGUAUUGAAAAGAGUGAUGGUACUUGGACAUGUGAUCCUAUCGAGGUUCAGUCGGAAUUCAAACAGUUUUUCUCUAACCUUUUCACUGCUAACCCUAUACUCAAUGUCCAAGAUACCGUGCAAGCUAUCCCCCAUAAAAUUACUGGUGCUAUGAAUAGAUCUUUGAUAGGCCCUGUGACAGAUUUGGAGGUUUUUUCUGCCCUCAAAGGCAUGGAGCCAUCCAAAGCCCCUGGUGUUGAUGGUCGACAAAUCUCGGAUAGUGUUUUGAAUGCGCACGAACUGAUGCACUCGCUCAAAAAUUGGUAUUAUGGCAAAAAGGGCUGGGUUGCACUAAAGUUGGAUAUGGUGAAAGCCUAUGACCGCAUUGAGUGGCCUUACUCGGAGGCAGUGUUACGUCGAUUUGGUUUUGAUGAACAAUGGAUCCGGUGGGUUAUGGCUUGUUUGACUUCUGUCUCAUUUGCUACUGUUAUUAAUGGCAAUAAGGGCGACCUUUUUUCCCCGUCCAGAGGUAUUCGGCAAGGCUGUCCCCUUUCCCCAUAUCUCUUUAUUCUGUGCGCUGAGGACUUCCAUUAUCUUAUUCAGAAGGAGAUUGAAGACCAGACUCUUCGAGGGAUUAAGGUGGGUUUACAUUGCCCUCCGAUUUCCCAUCUUUUUUUCGCUGAUGACUCCAUUCUUUUCUGGGAAGCUUCAGAUGCUGGUUGUCACGCUAUUGAGGACAUUCUCCGCAAAUAUGAAGGUGCUUUUGGACAGAUGGUAAACAAGGCGAAAUCUACUUUGUUUUUUAGUCCAAAUAUGCCCAACGAUGUUAAACAAGGGAUUUCCAACUUCCUGAAUAUCCGAAUUGAGACUCAGGGAGGCAAGUACUUGGGGCUACCGUCCAUUAUUGGCAAAUCCAAAACGGAAGUUUUUAAGUAUGUUUCUGAUCGUGUUUUGGACAGAUUAAAAAGUUGGAGAGACUCGACAUUGAACCCUGCUGAUAAAGAGGUCAUGAUUAAAAAUCUUAGUUGUGCUAUUCGUAAAUUCUGGUGGGGGGCAAAAGAGAGUGAGAAUAAGAUUAGUUGGGUCCGUUGGAACAAGUUAUGUGAGCGGAAGUCAAAGGGAGGGCUGGGUUUUCGUGAUAGUCAUGCUGUUAAUCUUGCAUUCUUAGCUAAACAAGGUUGGAGGUUACUUCAAGGGCCUCGUUCUUUAUUCCAGCAACUUUUCAAAUGGAAGUACUUUCAUAAUUUAUCCUUUUGGGAUGCCCCUUGUCCUAAUGCUGCUUCUUGGGCCUGGAGAAGUAUUGUCGCUGGCAGAACUAUCCUUAAGAAGGGGUGGCGAUGGAGUGUGGGUGAUGGGUCUUCUAUUGAUAUUUGGAAGGAUCCGUGGCUUCCUCGGUCCUUAUCUUUUAAGACUCUUAGCCCUCCCCCAUUGGCGGAUUCCCCUUUUUAUGAUAUCAACCGAGUGGCUGAUCUUAUUGAUGAUGAGACGCACUGGUGGAAUUUUGCUUUGAUAAAGUCUUUAUUUUCAAAUUUAGAUGUGGAAUCUAUUCUCUCCAUUCCGAUAAGUUCUCAAGGAAUUAGGGAUAAAGGUACGUGGCAUUACACUAGCAAUGGCUCUUUCUCAGUAAAAUAUGCGUAUCAUUUGGCUAUGAAUAGCAUUUUUUUACGGUACUCCCGUGAAAGGGGGGAAUCAAGCUCAGGUGAUGCUUUGAACCCCCUCUGGAAAUCUCUUUGGUCUGUUCCCAUUCCUAAUAAGAUUAAGAUGUUUAUGUGGCGUUGUUCUCAUAAUGCUAUUGCUGUCAUGUAUAAUCUGCAUCGGAGGAAUGUUGAUGUUCUUCCAUAUUGUCCUCACUGCCAAUCACAUGUUGAAACCCUUGAACAUAUGCUCUUUCAAUCGUCUGGGCCAAAAAAGUCUACCUUAGUCUCUGCUGAUCCAUUACCGGUUCCUAAGUGGUGUUUGCCUCCUGUUGGUAUGGUCAAGAUUAAUGUAGACAGUGCUCUUUGUAAGGAAAAAAUGAUUGUGGGUGUUGGUUUGGUGGCCCGGGAUUAUCUGGGACAAAUUUUGGGGAUGGCUUCUAUCCCUUUCACGGGUCUGCUAGCUCCUCGUUCUGUCGAAGCUAUGGGGUUUUGGGAAGCAAUGGUUUUUGCUGCCACUAACGGUCUAUCACAUGUUAUUAUUGAAGGAGACUCACUUGAAGUGGUCCAAGCUCUUAUGCAAGAAGGAAAGUCUUUCUCUGAUUGUAGCUCGAUUCUCUCAGACUGUAUUGACCUAUUACCUCUAUUUUCUUCUUGUCGAUUUACUCAUGUUAAACGUUCUUGUAAUAGGGUUGCCCAUUCGUUGGCGAAAAAAGCCCUAUCAGGUGCUAGAUUGGUUUCCUGA